AUGCGACCAACCCUGGAAUUGACUGGGAGCAAAGAAGACAAAUCGAAAUAUUCUCCUCCGCAAACUAAUGCUGUCAACGAAGCUCCAUUGCUAGGCAACAGCAACCACCACCAAAGCAAUAAUGUUGAUCAUCAUCAUGAAGUUUCAGGCGGUACCACCACGGCUGCCGUCUUUGGAAUCAUCAAGGCCAUGGUGGGUCCUGCCAUUUUGUAUUUGCCGCAUUCCUUUGCCGAUGCAGGUUAUGCCUUUGCCAUUAUUGCACUCUGGGUCUGUACGGCAUUGUACCUCUUCACGGCCAAUCGUCUGCUGACCACAUGGAAGUAUGUCGUGCAAUCGCAACCAGGACGGCGGAAACAACCAGAGGCUGUUUCUCCAUCCUCCUCUUCGGGAGGAGAUUCACAGCAACAACAACAACAACAACAACAAGAGGAUGGUUACAAUUCGUACAUGGAAUUUGAAAUGACAAACCUGACGGCCAAAGGAGGAGUAGGUCAGACUUCCCCUACAAAUACUGCUGCUGUUGCUGUUGCUUCCUCUUCUUCCCAACACCACCCCACCAUUACCAAACGACGGAAUACUAAUAAGCAACUUUCCGCCGCUGAUUCAGUUUGUAGCGAAAACAGCAGCAGCAAUGACAAAGAGGUUACGAUAUACGACGUGGAGUCAUCGCCGGCAACAGACAAAACGACGAGUAUUUCCUAUUCAAAGCUGGCACGAAUGGCCUAUGGGGAUCUAGGAGAAAGCAUUGUCCGGACUGGAAUUACAUUGAUGCAGCUUGGAGUAUGUUUGACCUAUUUCAUUUUUGUGCCGCACAAUCUAUCGACCUCCAUUCACAAAAUGACCAAGCUCGAAAUCCCCUUUUGGAUUUGUCUCGUCGGUAUGGUGGUGAUUGAAAUUCCAUUGUCAUCGAUCCGCAACGUUUCCAAAUUGGUCACUACCAAUGUAAUUGCGACCUGUCUCAUUGGAUUUGGAUUGGCGGCCUGUCUCUUUUUGGCGACCGAAUAUUAUACGGCGGAAUACAGCAUGGUGCAAGGGGCGGCCGAUGCCGUCAAUUCUUAUAAUAAUAAUAACAAUAAUAAUGGGGAAGGAGCGGAAAACGAAAAUUAUGACGACGACAUGUGGGAACAGGAAUACACCGUUCCGGCCAUUCGGCAUUUGAGUCCGUGGAAUGAUCAUUGGUACUUGUUUAUUGGGACAAGUGUGCUACUGUUUGAGGGUUCCAUCACGCUCUGUCUUCCUCUACAAGAAGCGUUGGAAGUUCCCGAUGCCGCGACUCGGUUUCCCGUUCUUUACAACCAAACGAUUACCUCCAUUGUCUUGUUCUAUACUGUCUUUGGAUAUUUGUGCUGGAGUGCUUUUGGGGAUGAUGUUUCUACCGUACUCACAACCUCCUUGCCAGAAGGAAUCUUGGCCACCAUGGUGCAACUGGCCUACAGUGUGGCGGUCGUCUUUACCUUUCCACUUCAAAUAUUUCCAGCCUUGGAAAUUAUUGUCCAAACCUACGAAACACACUUGCAGGGGGACACGGAUAUUGUGGUGCAAUUGGACUCCAACAGGCGCCGUCUGGUGGUUGCGGUCGUGAUUGUUCUCCUGGCCUUUAUUGCCCAAAUGGAAAAGGACAAUCUGGGCAAGGUGGUUUCUCUCAUGGGUAGUCUCUUGGGAUGUCCGCUAGCCUUUGUCUUUCCACCGCUGAUCCAUUCAAAAUUGGUUCCAAAUGCCAACAAAAAGCUAGACUCGAUGAUUGCAGGGUUUGGAGUAAUGGCGAUGAUUGGAGCAACUCUGAUCACGCUGGUCACUUGGAAGGAAGCAGGAGAACAAAGACGAUUAGUAAUAGAGUCGUCGACUACUCUCACAAGAUUCUUCCAGUGA